AUUCCCCUGCAACUCUAUUUUAAUUGCAUCUUCUUCCUCCCCUCCUCCUGUUUGUAAUCGAAGGAUAGCGAGGGGUUCGAGGAGUCGAAUAGGCCUCCAUCCGUGUGCGCUCUCUCUCUCUCUCUCUCUCUCCCCCUUCGUCCGGUAGUCCCUUCUCCUUUCCGGAAUCGUCUUUAAGAAGCCGAGCCUUCACCUGCUUCCCCCAUGUCAUCAGCCGCUGCGCUGUAGCAAAAGGCGACGCGAGGAGAAAGCGAAAGAAUGUUGGUUGUCGUGUCUCUUUGGCGGGAAUCGAAGGUUUCCUGAUCCAAAGAUGCCAUCUUUACCAGUUCUUGAGGGUUCUUCGCAGGACUCGAGGUCUCGCCCUUUGAUCAAACCCCGCCCUUUAUCCUGGUUGUAAUCCUUCGCCCAAGAAGUUAUAUAUAUAAAUAUAUAACUCGUCCAAGAGGUGAAGAUCCUGAGCCUUCGGUCGCUUGACAUCCCUGUUGAAAGAUCAUUGGCUUAUCAUUCCACCUUGAUAUUUUCUUGAAAGAACCCAUUUUUCCGUCGCAGAAAUGCUUAUCAUGAGUUAAAGAAGCCUUCUUUACUUGUGCCAACUUCGCCUUGCCGUCGUAACUCCCAUCUCUGCUGUUCCUGCAACUGGAAGAUCCUACAAAACCUGGGCUUUGUAUGUUGUUUCUGAGGGAAGCAGAAUCGCUUAUGCAGAAUGCCGAGGCAUAAUUCAGGUGGGAACAAAUUCCUCCAUGGACAUUGCAACAUCCGAAAGCGAGUCUGCUCAUCGCCUUCGUCGGCAUCCUUUGCUUCGAAGAAUCACCGCAUCAAGAGGGAGAUCUUUGUCCCAAAGAAGGGGCCUUCAACCACACCGGUUCCCUUUUGGAGGUUGCGUGCUCUAUCGCCACAUUCGGCCGCAGGGUUUUCUGAAGCAUCCCGUCACCAGAUAAUCCAAGAUGUUGUCAAAGAUACCCGAGCAUCAGUGUCAGCUCGGAAGCUGGGCAAUGCUCUUUGGGAACUGAACAAUACAGCUUCACCGAGGAUUCCCAAAGAUUUACAGGAGAGAAGGUUGAUGACAGAGAUGAACACCAGAGACAGGACAUCAGGGUCAUCCAUGGCUGGUCGUCUGCUUCAUCGGUUAUCCGAUUCGUCGCACAAUCCAAUCUCAGAAUUGUGUAAUCGAUCACGAACAAGUGGUCACAGGAGAAUGCUGCCACUGGUUCAUCAUAAGUUUCAUUGCCGGGACAAGAUUCAUGCAGCUGUGGAUUCUCAGAGCAAGGGCAGCUUAAUGGAGAACGAAGCAUGUUUUCAAGGCCGGGCACCAAGAAGUUCACUUGUAGGAAGCAAGAAUUGUUUGAAGGACUUGCAAAAUGGUUUGGUGACCUCAAAAGAGCUUGUGAAGAUAUUGAUCCGUUUCGGUGGGAUAGGGAAGCAGCAAACAUCAGCAAUCUCUCUUGCUACAGCCCUUUACUGCGAGCUAGAUCAGGCACUCGUGCAGGUUGUUCAGCUUAUCCAAGCGAAAAAUUCUGAUCACGGUGAGAAUAGCCAUCUAGUGAGGCAGUUUGUUGAAGAAAAGGGAGCGUGGAAUGGCAAAAAACAGGAAGGGAUCAGAGUUGCAGUUCAAUCCAUGAUUGAGGAAGUCAAGAACGAAAAGAAGUUGAGAAGAAAAGCAGAGAGGAUGAAUGAAAAGCUCAUAAUGGAGAUGGCGCAGAUGAAAGCUUCGCUGGCGAAUGCAGGUAAAGAACUUGAAAGCGAGAGGAGAACAAGAGAAAUGAUUGAACAAGUCUGCAGUGAAAUGCUAAGGGGAAUUGGUGACAACAAAACUGAAGUAGAGGAAAUGAAAAGAGAGUCUGCCAAGAUACGAGAAGAGUUGCAGAAGGAGAGAGAAAUGCUUCAACUUGCUGAUGAAUGGCGUGAGGAAAGAGUUCAGAUGAAGCUCUCUGAAGCCAAACAUCAAUUCGAAGAGAAAAAUGCAGCCGUUGACCAAUUGAGAUUUGAGCUUGAAGCAUUUCUUGCAGCUACGGGAAGAGAGGAUCUUGUGAAUGCGCAACGGGAUGCUGCAGAUAGCUUGGACAGUGAUUGCCAAAGACGAAUGGUUCAUCCAAGCAGAAGCAACAUGGCGACUUUUCCAACUAUGGACAGAAGAGUUACUGGUGAAGAAGAGGAUCAAGAAGAGAGCGAUGGAACAGACUCGGAAGACAGUGACCUGCAUACGCUUGAGCUCAAUGUGAACAACAACAAUAAUGGCUACAGCUGGAGAUAUGCUUCUGCAGCCACUGGAGAUGAAAGCAAACUAGCUUCAACCAAGGAAAAGUAUCAGAGGAGCCCAAAAUGUGAAGUAUAUGGCAGUGCCAUUUUUCCAGAGAGAGUCAUGACAGAAGGAAUUAAAGAAAGCAUUGUGAGAAGCUUUCAGAAUUUGAAUGGUUAUAUGGAUGAAAGAAAACCAGUUGACCCAAGUGAUAGGCUGGAGCAAAAUGUGGAGAAACACAAAUCCGUAGAGAUACUGGGCAACCAGAACAUAGCUAGUUCUACAAUUCUUCCACAUGGUGUACCGAGCUCAACAAGACGUAAACAACGACCAAAAUAAAGGUGAUCAAGUCUCUGUAGGAUCAAAAGUUUCUGAGAUGGUCAAAGCGAUCAGGAAGAACAAAUCCAAGGCAACUGCAGGUAGCUCCCAUUCAGUAAUUCUUUUGGUAACAUUCUCCCCUUCCAUCAUUUCUGCAAUGUCAACGUAGCAGAUAAGCUUCUGACUCUUUGUGCCUUCAAGAAUGAGCUUUUAGCAUCACAGACAUGAGAGAUCACUUCCUGACAGCCCAGUGGUGGAUGUAAUGAUAAGGCAUGCAUGAACACAACCAUCUUAUAUCGAACUAUAUGUUACAACUCUUACACUAUGUUGAUAAAAUGAUUUGUUUUAUGAAUCUUUUCUUCUUCUG